AACUCCAAAUGAGCUCAACAAAGCUAAUACUACAAACAAUCAGUGUUUAUUGUGACUGUCUAUUGAAUGUUUGUACAGCAGAAAAUGAUUUACAGGUAUUUUCUGGUGAGUUUUCCGUAAAUUUCCUGCUUUGCUUUUUUUGUCCUGGUCUAUAUGGCAUUUUACCAUAGGUUAACAAUAUCCUAUUUUUAAGUAAGUAAGUAAAGAAACGCGAUGAAUAUAUUUCUUUAUAUAUUAUAUAUUUCUACAGUAUUAAAACAAAUCCAUAAUUACACAAUUGUAAAUAUAUGUAUUAUAUUAGUGUAAAUGCACAGUAUGUAUUUAUCCACGUGUUAUUUAGUGGCGCUGAGAGGCGCAAGCACACAACACUGUGACCGAGGGUAGACUCGGCUUCUUCCGGCUAGAUUCGGAAUCCCAGCCGAGAGCCCGUUGCCUGAUUCCGCCUCACAUCAAUUGGCUCUCCAUUUGCUGUUUGUUUACAUCCAAUCAAGCAAGCGCUUGGCAAGACUGCAGAAAUGGACACAGCAAAUCAGCUUGCAUCUGCGGGGACCUUCCAAGUGCUUAAACUACCUCUGGGAUUUAUCCGUGUUUUGGAAUGGCUCUUUGCCAUAUUUGCCUUUGCGACAUGCGGGGGCUACUCUGGCCAACUGCGGGUCAGUGUGGACUGCAGGGAGAAGACCAGCAGCAACCUCAGCAUCGCCAUUGACUUUGCUUAUCCUUUCAGGCUGCACCAGGUGUCAUUUGAAGUACCCACGUGUGAGGACCUGCGGAGGGAGCGCCUCUUUCUCAUUGGAGACUAUUCAUCCUCUGCGGAGUUCUUCGUCACAAUUGCGGUCUUUGCUUUCCUCUACUCCUUUGUUGCAACCGUGGUCUACGUCUUCUUUCAAAACAAGUACCGCGAAAACAACCGAGGGCCUCUCAUUGAUUUUGUUGUGACCGUUGUGUUCUCCUUCAUGUGGCUCGUCAGCUCUUCUGCUUGGGCCAAAGCUCUGUCUGAUGUCAAGGUAGCUACAGAUCCAGAUGAGGUUCAGCUCCUCAUCUCUGCCUGCAAAGUGCAGACCAAUAAAUGUGGCUCUGUCCAGGAACCACGCUGGUCUGGACUCAACACCUCAGUGGUGUUUGGGUUUCUUAAUUUUGUGCUCUGGGCGGGGAACAUUUGGUUUGUCUUCAAGGAGACUGGUUGGCACAAGGGUGCUGCCAGGUUUGUGGGCGGGGCUACCGAGAAGCAGGCUGGCACCUUUACACCGCAACCUUACAACCAGGGAAGUUUUGAUCGGUCUGGAAGCUGUAACACCCAAGGAGACCUGGGACAGCCAUCUGAGUACAGCCAGGUUGGAGGUCCCUCCUCUUACGCCAAUCAAAUGUAGUUGCCUUUUUAUAUCCCUGGUGGCAUUUCUGCAUUUUAAACAAAGCAAUGGGUGAUAGCCAGAGAGGAAAGGAGGUGGAAGGAAAAAAAACGGUGAUGAUGUAUAAAAAUGUGACCUAUUUUACUUGUGUUUUACCGCCGCUGUAUACAAUACAGUCGUCCCUCGCAACAUCGGUGGUUCUUCACUCGAUUACGGUUUUUAAAAAAUAUAUUAAUUAUAAGCCAUGCUGUUUUGUGGUUACAUACAGCCUAUUAGUAAAAAAAAAAAAGAAAAACAUGCAUAUUUAAGGAAAUUGUACGUAUUUUUUGCCUAAAAUAAGCAUUUUCAAGCAUAAAAAUUGCUAAAUGAACUAAAAUACAAACACAAGGAAUUAAGAAGACGCAUUCCAAUUGUGAAUGUAGUAUUCUACACUGGUGCCAGUCAUUGUUCGGUGAGACAAGCAACAGACUUGAUCGCAGGACCAACAGGUUUGAAUGAUCUCACCACAUGCACAAUAACAAUAACAAUACCAUAAUAACACGGGCUACUGCUGCGGCUGUAAUCCACUCCAUGCUAAAACUCAACUCUGAACCUCUCACAUCACUUCCUGUCCUCCACAUGUCCAGAACACAUUUAUUGCAACACACAUGAGCAUGAGUCUUAUGUCAUAAAUGGCUUAUUUUCUCUGUCUACUAUAUUGGGUAAUGUGAGUGUAAAGGUGACUAUAGGGGUGUUAUUUUAUGUCUAUAGGGUUCUAAUAGGGUUCUAAUAACCCAUAUUUAGAAGGUUGUAACCUGGUGUUUCUAUGCUCUUACUACGAAAAUAUUUGUUUUAUAAAUAAAGACUUGUAGUUGUUGGAAAUUCACUUAUCACGGUCGGGUCUGAAAUCAAUUAACCACGAUAAACGAGGGAUUACUGUAUUGUUUAUUUCUUUCACAUGAGUGAUUUCUUUGUGCUUGAUCAUGUUUUUAAAAAGGUUUGUGGAAGGAAAAUGUGUUCUGUGUUCGCAUAAUACAAAUUUUCAAAAUGGUGACUUUGUGCAUGAUGUGUUUUUGUGCAAAUCAACAGUAGAACCUCCAAAGUCAACCAAAGUGGACUGUUUAGUACAGGUGAUGGCAACCCCUUAGCAUUUAAGAGCCAUUUGGGCCCACUUCCACCAAAUGAAAACCCUGAUCAUCAGACAUAUGAUAUGAUAAAGAUAUUGUGUUAAUUUAUUAACUCAAUUAUUAAUAAUUAUGCUUAUUUUUAACAAUGCAAUACACCAAAUUCUGUUGAAAUUUGAAAGACGAAAAUACAUUUAUUACAAAAAUACAUUUACAUCUAUAUGUCCCCUGCAAUUGGCAGGCAACCAGUCCAGGGUGUACCCCGCCUCUUGCCCAAAGUCAGCUGGGAUAGGCUCCAGCAUACCCCCGCGACCCUAGUGAAGACAAGUGGAUGGUUAAUGUGAUUUCUGCUCUUGACCUUCACUUCACAGUAUAUCCAUACAGCUUGUUUAUACUUCUGCGCUCCCUCCCCCAACCCUCCUGCGUAGCUCAAAGUGGACCUAUUAUACUAAUUUUCAGGCCUUUGUAUUAAGUACUGUAGUAGUAGAGAGCAGCUACACACGAUAACCUGAACAGAAAGCUUUGUAGAUCUUCCAGACUCUGCACCUCUUACUGCAGUGUCUCCUGCCUCCCGUCCAAACGGUCUGUGUAAUUUACUUCACCCCCGGCACUCCCCCAGGUACACCUCACGCCAAGCCCAGUCCACUGUGAUUGGUCACACUCCCAAGCGCUCCCGAGGCGCAUCCGCCGAACCCCCUUUGUCCGAUUACUUACACAAAAUAAACAGUUAGGACACUGUAAACUGUUACUUACAGCUUGCUCUUCUGACUCUUCAAGACGACCAAGUAACAUUGGAGAGGGGUCGGACUUCAGCAACAGUUUGGCGGAUAGUCAUACGUACUGUAAUAUGUUCAUACAGUAUGUGUAGUACCUGUUAAUACCUGUACUGUACCUGUUACCUGAUAAUCCAGCUUCGUAUUGGUCCAUGUUCACAAAACAGUCCCGUGUGAUAUGCCAUUGACAGAUGAGCAUAUUUUUCUCUUGCUGGCCGGGAAUCCGCAACUCUAACCACUUCUGAACAAACAUUUCCUAGGAGCACGGUGAACAGAGCAGAGCGAAACAGAGCCGGGGGAGGGUAGGCGUACAGCGUUUGCCUGGGUAUGCCCAUAUUAGGAAGUCCGGUUUGCAGGGACGUCAGUGGAACUCGGUGUUAAAAAAAAAAAGUCCUAGCCAUCCAAAAGUGCUUUCAGGUCUCAAUUCCAAAUGUGCAAACCUCAUUAUCUGAUGUGUUGGCAUCGUUUAACACGAGAAUACAACAUUGUAACAACAUUUACAGGUCAGAAAAGAGGAAAAGCAUAAUAGGUCCCCUUUAACAUGCACCUACAAAAAAUGUAACAAAUGCAGACUGUAAAGGCUGUGAUUGGUCGGCUUUUAGUACAUUACUCCCUGCGUGUAUACGAAAAUUUCCAGUUCUCUUUAGUUGCCAUUUUUCACUGCCAAGAAAGGAAGCUAUUGUACAGUAUUGUCAGUAUUGGUACAAUGAUGAGACAUUACCUUGGAUUACAUUACCUGAACACUGCAUGGAGUCAGCUGUGGUAUGUCCGACAUGAUAGAGUGAAAAAAAGUUCUCCCAUUCCGUGUGGAAUUGGUAAUUUUUUGUCUUCUUAGUUUGUCCUUCUUCCCCACUCCGUGUGAAAUACUUUCUUAAAUUUAGAACAAAUAAAUUGGAGGCUAUAUGCAAUGAGCGGCGGCCGUCUCUUAUGUCCCUGCAGAGAUUCCGUAGCCUGCGCAUUAGUGUUGCGCAAUGUGGUACAAACAAUGAAUAAUAGGAGCGUAAAGGUGUUAUUUAAUGCCUACAGGGCUCUAAUAAUGGUAAAAACCGUAUUUAGAAAGUCAUAAAAUUGGUUUUCUAUGCUCUAAGUAUGAAAAUAUUCAGUUUAUUAAUAUUGACUCCUACUUUGCUCAAUUUUACUUGUUGCGGUAGAAACCAAUUAACCACGAUAAACAAGGAACGACUGUAUAGUGACAGACGGAACAAUUAAAUGCUCUUUCACGAGAUGGCAGGAGGUUCAAAAUUAACCCAUGCACGCACCUGUUGCCAUUCAUGCAACAUUUUUACUUGGUGGUGUUUUCCUGUGAUGUUUUUCUAAUGUAAAAUAUGUGCCUUGGCUCAAUAAAGGUUGGGAAACGGUUGGGAAACACUGCUUUAGGCAUUCAACCUUGGAGGUUCCACUGUACAGUAUUUUUAGUUAUGGUAAGUCACACUGUCCAUGCAGCAUGACAAGAUAUCUGGAAUUUAUGUUAUGCAUUCACUUUUUAAACCAACAGGGAGUGUAUUUUACUGACAGGUAUCUGUGCUUGCUUCCUGCAUAAAAUGCAAGUUGGUCAAGUGACUUCGUUUUGAUCAUGUAAUGAGGAUUGUUUCCCUAAUUGUUUUAAGUGGGUGCUUUGUGUCAGUUUUACUGUGAAUAUUGUCUGUGCUUGUCUCAGACUUCUAACAAAACAUUAAAAUGGGUUUAUCUCUACUAAAGCAUGCCAGCAUGUAUAAUAACAUAUCCAAAGCCCGGCAAAAAAGCACACCAGUGACUGUGGUAUCAUCUUUCUACAUACAGAUUACAGAGUUUUUUAUUCUCAACUGACAAUCAAAGUGUGUUGUGUUUUAUAUUUCAAGUAAUACUCCAAUAAACUAUGCUUGGUUGAUGUUCGUUUCAAUGCAUAUGAUGUGUGCAACCCUCUUUCUUGAGCUCCUAUGCAUGUAGCAUCCCUCAGUGUACAUAAUAAAGUAGAUUAUGAUGUUCAUACAGUAUGUGUAGUACCUGUUUGUAUUAAUGUGUGCAGGUCUAUGUAUAAACAUUUGCCAACAUCACAUUUCUGAGU